GUGUUUGGCAGCCUCGAAAACGAAAUGUCGGCAACGGGAAGCUGGUCUGCCUCGGUGCUCUGUGCUGCGGACAACUGCCGCCACGGUGACUGCCAAUCGGGUCCAGUCCGCGUUGUUUUCGUCAUCCUUCACCAGGAAGAGCAGGUUGCUACGGCGUCCGUCUACUCAUCGGAGACGGCUAGUUGGAGCUCUCCGGCCGUCACCGACAUUGGUAUGUUUGAGGAUGAAGAUGAAAUCUGUUUCUGCACGCCUAGUGUACUCGCAGGAGACGCGCUCUAUUUCCUCCUGUUCCGGGACCAGGAUGUUGAAGAUUGCAGUAUUCUCGAAUACAACUUUGGAACCUCUUGUCUGUCAGAGAUUCAUCAUCCGGAAGAGAUGGAGGAUGCCAGCAACAGUCCUAUCCUCAUGGUGGGGGAAGACGGCAGGCUGGGGAUUGCACACCUCUUCUUUUUCUGCCUCUCCAUCUGGUGGAGGGAGGUGGAUCCCGAUGGAGGUGUGUCCUGGACACAACCGAGAGACAUCGACCUCCAGACUAUUCUUCCCGCUAGUGAUUUCACAGUAUCACCAGAGUUGGUUGGCUCCGUCGAGGGUACUGACAUCAUUUUUGUAACCACAAGUCUCGGCACCUACGAAAUUGAUCUCAAGUCACUAAGCUUGAAGAUGCUCUCAAGCAAGCUGGAUCAACAUCCACAUGUCAGAUGGACCCUCUUUCCCUACGUCAGCUUCUACCAUCCUCCAGCGGCGGCUGGUGGUGUUCUGGCUGAAGCAUCAAGUGAUGAAGAACCUGGGCAUGGCAAUGAGGAAGCAGAAGUCUCAAGCAUUGAAGAAGUUUAGAUUGAAGAGUUGGCGUCUGGAAUUGUGGCUGAAGCAUCAAGUGAAGCUUGACAUAGCAACGAGGAAGCAAAAGUCUCAAGCAUUGAAAUUCAGUUUGCUGUUUUGGUGCUUGUCUUUCGUUGGUUUUCAAAGUUAAUUAGAUGGGAUACUGGUGUGAGUUUGAUGGGUGAUGCUAGACUUGUGUUAUCAUGUCUUGUUAAUUCUCUAUUUUUGUUAGCCAUGCUAUGGAUGUUUUUGUUGUUCAAUGUUCAAACCCUGAUUCCA